CCUCUUGCAUUCUGAAUCAGAUGCUCAAGAUAUAGACGAUAGCCAAACAGAAUUAUUCAUCACUGUAAGCCGUCACGAUGAGUAUCUCAACUACCAUACUUAUGAUAACGUGGCUUUCAUGCAUUACGUACUCCAAUCUCCACCGCCUCUGCCUUCCCCUCCCAGCACCUCACGCUGGGAAUUCUUCAACUUUUUCGAACCCUACGACGACACUUACUGUGCCACUGCUGACGUGGCAACAAAAGAAGAGAAGGAGGACACUGACAGGGGAAAGGUCGCGACUCGCCACGAGUCCUUGAAUGAAGCUAAGAAGGUGAAUGUGGAACAGAAUGAAGGAGUGGAAAAUAAGGAAGCUGGUUUGACAGAAGAAUGCAGCGGUUACUCGGAGAGAGUGAAAGAGAUUCAGAUUCUAUUCGAGAGAGCAUCCGAUUCAGGCAAUCCACUUUUAGAAAUGCUUGACGUUGGGAAAUUCCGUUACCACAAAAAACUUGACUUCCAUUAUUCUUACAUAGCAGUUUCUUCGUGCAAGAUAAAGAAUCUGUUUACUCACUCGUUAAAUUGCACGGAGAAGUCAUCAUUGAUUGGGAGGACAAUGGCAUCUGAGCAUCAAGCUCAAGCAACCGAUAAAGACUGGGGCCAUGGAUAUGGGAAUCUCUGCUCCACAUUGAAGAAACUCUCUGUGUGGGAGAGGAAGUUAUAUCAUGAAGUCAAGACCGAGGAGAAGCUGCGCAUACUUCAUCAGAAGAACUGUAGGGAGUUAAGAAGAAUGAAUAAAAAGGGUGCGGAUGCACAGAAAGUCGAUUCUGUGAAAACUUUGAUUGGGAUGUUAACCACAAAAAUGAAUAUUUCUAUCCGAGUUGUUGAUAGGAUAUCUAAUACCAUUAGUAAGUUGAGGGAAGAGGAGUUAUGGCCGCAGAUCAACAACUUCAUUCACAUGUUUCUUGAGAUGUGGAAACAUAUGGCAGAGUGUCAUCGACGCCAAUAUCAGGAAAUUGUGAAAUCCAAAACUCUAGAUGCAUCUACAUUAUUGGAGAAGCAAUUCGACCAGGCUCAAAUUGACGCAGUAAUAAAGCUCAAGUGUGAAUUACAGAACUGGAAUAUAAGCUUCUCAGAUUGGAUUCAAGCCCAAAAGUGUUAUGUGAAAGCCUUGAAUAGUUGGCUAGUAAGGUUUCUAUUAUAUGGACCUGAAGAAUUACCUGAUGAUGAUACAACUACCUUCUCUCCGAGCAAGAUCGACGCGCCACCGGUGUUUGUGAUCUGUAACAAAUGGUCACAAGCAAUGGAUAAUCUCUCGGAGAAGAAUGUAACUGAAGCCGUUAAUGGAUUCAUAGUAAGAUUGAAUGAGCUCUUGGAGAAGCAUAUUAUAGACGUUCGACAAAGAUUGAUAUUGGACAAGGAACUUGAGAGAAAAGUGAAGAUUAUGGAGAAGCAAGAGCAAAAGAUGCACAAGAUAGUGCAGGCUCGCCAGAGAAAGAUGGCUGCAAUUGGAAGAGAAGAAGAGAAUGAGACCCUGUUCAGAGUGGAUCAUGGUGAUCUUGUUGAUAUCAAGGAUCAUAGCCUGCUAUCAAGUAUGAAACAUAUCUUUGCUUCUAUGGAAAGGUUCACUGCUACCAACGCUGGCUUGUAUCAAGAUCUUUGCCAACAAAUUAACCAUGUUUUGGGACAAUCCAAUGAAAUUCACUAGUUGUAUGUUGUAUGAUUGAAGAAUUUAUUGAACGUAAUUCACCUCAUAGCUAUUGUAUCUCAACUUAAUUUUAUCAAUGUACAUAUAGAGCUAGCUCAUUGCCUA